AUGACGCUCCACCCCGGCACCUACAGCUCCACCCCGACACCUAUAGCUCCACCCCGGAACCUACAGCUCCACCCCGGCACCUACAGCUCCACCCCGGCACCUACAGCUCCACCCCGGCACCUACAGCUCCACCCCGGCACCUACAGCUCCACCCCGACACCUACAGCUCCACCCCGACACCUACAGCUCCACCCCGGCACCUACAGCUCCACCCCGGCACCUACAGCUCCACCCCGGCACCUACAGCUCCACCCCGACACCUACAGCUCCACCCCGACACCUACAGCUCCACCCCGGCACCUACAGCUCCACCCCGACACCCCGGCACCUACAGCUCCACCCCGACAACCCGGCACCUACAGCUCCACCCCGGUCCCGAAUCCCGGCACGCACAGCUUCAUCCCGGCCCUGAAUCCCGGCACCUACAUGUAUAAGCUACAGCUUCAUCCCGGCCCCGAAUCCUGGCACCUACAGCUCCACCCGGCACCUACAUGUACAGCUCCACCCCGGCCCCGAAUCCCGGCACGUACAGCUUCAUCCCGGCCCUGA